UUUUCAAUGCUAAGUGUAAACCCGGACAAUAAUCCCAUCAUCCCAUCCUUGCUGUCUUAUUAUCCGCCAACUGGCCACGAAGAUUGUUUCUGUUUACUGCAAUACCUCGGCCAUACAGAAACGCCAAAGGCAAAUAUUGAUCCUCUCCUAGAAGAAAAUUCCUCAAAUAUGGCCUGGUGCAACACUGGGAAGAAUUUGAAGAAUUUGAAAACGACAAGUACACAUAUUCAAAGUAGUUUCAAUCCACAUGUGCAUCCAAGUGAUAAAAGCGUUUGGGACGAUAAUGAUUCUGCUACACGACAUUCAACAGUUCUAGACGCACUCAAUGAGGCCAAACAAAACAUAUCUGCUUUAGGUGUCGCAGCUUCUCAACCAUUGCCCGAAAAAGAUGACGACUUUGGCAACAAAUCCUCUAAGAGUUCUGUACACGUGAUAGUUACUAAUGGGCUUCCUCAGUUUGACUCCCAACCAGCACAAGAAGUAAUACAAGAUGAUGUAAGGUUUAUGUCAGAACCCAUGUUGUUCAUUGAGUGUGCGACACAGGGAUGGAAGGUCAAUGAUGAAGCAAAGAAGUUCCUCGCUGACCUAAACAUGCCAUUGGUCAUUGUAUCCAUUGUUGGCCCAUACCGUACAGGCAAAUCAUAUCUUCUCAAUCGCUUUGCUGAUGUGAAGAAAGCAAAGGGGUUUGAGCUUGGCUCUACUGUACAGUCUAAAACGAAAGGCAUAUGGAUGUGGUGUAGGCCCCAUCCAUUGAAUCCUGGUGAAUGUAUAAUGUUGCUAGAUACAGAGGGCCUUCAUGAUGCCGAAAAGGGGGACAGCAACCAUGACAAUCAGAUAUUCGCCCUGGCCAUCCUCAUCAGUAGUGUGUUCCUGUACAACACAGUGGGUCGAAUAGAUAAUAGAGCUAUCGAGGAAAUGGAUUUUAUCACUCACAUAACUGACUACAUACAUGUAAGGUCAGGGCAGGAUCAGGACUCUGACGAGAAUGCAGCCGGUUAUGAAGACUACCAGCAGAUAUUCCCAACAUUUGUAUGGGUCCUCCGCGACUUCAUGCUGAGCUUAGAGAUGGACGGGGAAAGAAUAACAGCAAAUGAAUACCUUGGCAAAAUGUUGGAACUGAAACCAAUGCCAAAACAUCUUAGAGACAGAAAAGAAAGGAAUAGGAUCAAUGAUUACAAUGAACCGAGAGAGAGAAUUUCAAGUGUAUUCCAAAGGCGAGAGUGUUUUGUUCUGCGAAGGCCAGUAGAUGAUAAUGAGAGUUUGUCUCGUGUCAAUGCUAUUCCGGAAUGUGAACUCAACCAGGAAUUUGUUGAGCAAGUUGACGAGCUUUGUGACUUCAUUAAGAAUGAAUGUUCAACCAAACAUUUCUCAACAAAAGAUGGAAACAUUGAAAUCAAUGGGCCAAAACUCUUGGGUCUAGCUGAAAUGUACACUGGUACAAUUCAGAGCGGGUCUGUACCGUGUGUAGAACGAGCUAUAAAGCUUCUAGCAGAGAUGGAAAAUACAAAUGCAAUUGAUAAGGCCAUGGAACUAUACAGAUCAAUAAUGUCUCAUCACGUAGACAAUAGCGCUUUGUCUGCCGACACAUUUGAGAGCAUACACCAAAAUGCAAUGAUCGAAUCAAGAAAGGUUUUUGAUGACGGGCGGAAAUUUGACAAUGAUGGUUCGUAUGAGGAACGGUUCCAAGUGAAGAUCAAGAACGAAUAUUGCAAUUAUAAGGAAAGAUGCGAGCGUGAUAGGGAGAUUAUGAUACAGAGGGCGAUCGAACAUGGACGAAUAAUAUAUCUCCAAAAAAUGCAAAAUACCAUUGAUGACAUGCCAUAUUCACUGGAGAAACUUUAUUUGCAUGAAUCUGCUUGUUUGAUUAAAGUAUUCUCGACGACCAGAGAGGAACUAUCUUUUCUUAGUGAUGACGAAUGGGAAAAGGAAAAGAAGAAAUAUUUCGAGUCAUUUGGUAUCUACGAGGAUCAGGAAAUAUAUCAGAAGGAAUUUGAAGUUUACAAGUUGAUUAACGAAUUGAUCAAAGAUAGGAUGCAGAAUGACCCGAGGGAAAGGAUUGAGAGAAUGAUGUUUCGUUAUGCUAUAUACUUGAAAAAGGAUCUUCCCUGUGGAAUUGACCUCAUACAUACGAGACACGAUGAAAUGGAAACGAGUUUAAGAAUUGAGCUCAAAGAAUCAUUCCCUAACAUGGAUGUCAGCAUAUUGGAUAAACUUCUUGUUGGUAAACUUGAAGAUAGCUUGGACGUGGUGCAUCUUGAAAAUGAGAACAAUUGUAUGAAAACAGAUUUGGAGAGAAAGCAAAAAGAGAUUACCAGCCUUCAAGAUCAACUGAAGCAUACUCAUUGUGAACUGGAUGCAAGAACCCAAGAUCAAAGUGGAAGGAAUAAACGCUAUAUAAGCGCUAUAACGAGGAACAAGAAACCCAAACAAGCAAUAAAAUAAUCAACAGCCGAUCUUUAAUAACAAGACACUGAGUGGGUAUUACAAGACACUGAGCGGGUGGUUUCAUGAAGCCUGCGAUACAAAAAAAAACAGUACCAUCAGAAGAAAAAACUCAUUUCUCUCGUGUUUCGAGUGAUAUCUAAAGAGGCGGGAUAUAAUGCGUCAUAACGUUGGUAGAAAUAACCAUGACAUUAAAAAUCAAAAGAAAGCACCACGACCGUUCCGAAAUAGAAGAUACGAAGUAUCCCGAUUAGAUGGAGAAGUGAUGUCCGACAAUUUUAGCACUCAUAUCGCUUCAUUUGUAAAGAGGGGGUUACAAUUCUUCUAUAAUUGUAAUUAAAAACAAUGAAUUGAUGAGACUAAUUCAUAUCGAAAUGAAAAUGACAUCAUUUGGAAAACAUGCAUUUUUAUUAAUUCAACAAAAUGGUCAUCAGGCUUGAUAAAUCUUUCAUAAUUUUUACAUUUUAAUAUCUAUACGAAUCUAUACACGAGAAACUAUGACAGUAUGUUACGUCUCAUUAGCUCUGAUCAAUCUAUAUCCCUCCCGACUAUAUCUGCCUCUGAGUAUCAUUAUCACUUCAGCAUAUCCAGUGCCCUCUAUCUAUUCCACUAUUCUGUAUAAUCUACAAUGAUAUACACUUCUCUACAGAGGUCAGGCAAACCUCAUUCUAAACAUAAAGAAGCAUAAACGUAGUCCAAUCCGGUAGGGAUACAAAGAUACCGUGGUGAAUGUUCCCAAACGUAUAGAGGGGCCUGAAUUUUCGACAAUGUUUUCGUUUCUUAGCUCAUCUUCGAGACAAGAAAUAGCAGAGCAUUGGUUCUUUCUUGCCUUUCAUUGUUACUAGUCCCCGUUUUUCGAACACAAACGAUGUGUCGAUAUUAGACUCUGUCUUUAGGAACCUGAAACAUUUACAAGUCUGGUUAUGAAAUUGUAUUUUUGUUUCCUUAUCAAGAUAUGUAUUGUCAAGACAAUAUAUUCUGCUUUCGUAUAUAACUGCUUAAUAUUCUACUUCACAUGUUAAAUACAGUGUUAAAUACAGGGUGACACAAAGAAAUGCAACCAUCUAAUUUUAGUUUUCAUUAGAGAGGUAAAGCUACACAUUUUUAAGAAAACUUGUACGUGAGCGUGUAAUAAAUAUUAUGAUGCGGGAUUAGUGUCCUUC